CUUCUUGUUUCGUCAUAUAGGCUGGGAAGAUGUGUAUUUGUAAUAUUUUUGCUGGAUGAGUCGCUCCCGAUUGAGGUGCAGCGUUGUUCUAGCUCGACUUUGUUGCGAGCGUGUAAGGAGCUAGUGAAUCUGGGCAUAUAUGUUUUCUCAUGGAUUGAGCCACAAUCUCAAAUUGCAACCUUUGGAUGCUCGCUUCAGCCAACAGAGCGACGAUUCUAAGCUUGAAGGUCGAGAGGCUCUCAGAAUCUACCACAAAAUACGAGAAGAUGGUGACAAUGCGAGCGUGUCCCUCGUCAUUGACGCUCUGAGGGAAUGCGGCAGACUGAAGGACCUUAAGACCGGCAGGAGGCUUCACAGGGAAUGCGGAGGCAGCAUCAACAUCUUCGUGGCAAACACCUUGGUGGACAUGUACGCGAAAUGUGGCAGCGUAGUAGAGGCAUGCCAGGUCUUCGACAAGAUGGAAGAGCGCAAUACAGUGUCGUGGAACACGGUUAUCAUGCGGGUUGCUCAGAGUGGAGACGGUGAACUGGCUCUCAGCUUGUUCUCCCGCAUGCAAGACGAGGGAUUCAAGCCAGAUUCUCGGACGUUCGUUGCUGCCUUGAAGGCUUGCAGCCGUCUGGCAUCCGGAGAUGUGGCACAGGAAAAGGUUCAGUGUUUGGAACGAGGCCGAGUCAUUCACAGACAAGCUGCAAAGAGAGGCCACGACCAGGACAUUUUCGUAGCAAACACGUUGGUGGACAUGUAUGCGAAGUGUGGAAGCAUGGAGGAGUCACAGCAGGUUUUUAACAGGAUGAAGAACCGGACAGUGGUGUCCUGGAAUGCAGUCAUAAUGGGGUUUUCUCAGAAUGGAGAGCCGGAGCUGGCAGUGGAAUACUUUCGGCGUAUGCAAGAGGCAGGCUUUGUUGCAGACGCCUUGACUUUCGUGGCUGUUCUCACGGCUUGCAGCGGCCUUUCCGACAAGGAAGAGGGCCUUAGUGUGGAGGGGAAGCUUGUCAAGCCGGUCUCUUUGAAGAUGGCAGUAGCUCUACACACUGAAGCUGCUAAAGGUGGACAUCACACCAACAUGUUCGUCGCGAAUACGCUGGUCGAUCUGUAUGCCAGGUGUGGGAGGCUGAUGGAAGCUCGCCGGGUGUUUGAUCAGAUGCAGCGUCACGAUGUUACGUCGUGGAACGUAGUGAUACUUAGACAUGGCGAGAGCGGGGAAGAAAAGCUUGCGUUGCAGCUAUUCACACGCAUGCUGGAAGAAGGCAAUGUCCCGGACGCUCGAACUUACGUUGCUGCGCUCAAGGCUUGCUCGGGCCUUGCAUCUAGAGAAGACGGGGCUGCACAGGAAAGAAUGACGGCUUUGGAGAAAGGCAUGGCUAUCCACGCUCUGGCGUUCCAGAAUGGUUACAACUCCGACAUCUUUGUGGCGAACACUUUGAUGGAUAUGUACUCCAAUUGCGGGAGUGUCCAGGAUGCUAGCCAGGUUUUUGAGGGAAUGAAGCGAAGGAACGUUGUCUCAUGGAACGUAGUGCUGACGGCGUAUGCUCAGGGUGGACAGUGCGAGCUAGCGUUACAGACACUGACACGCAUGAUUGAUGAAGGCUUCGAACCGGACAGUCGGACUUGCGUCGCUGCAAUCAACGCUUGCACUGGUCUGGAAGCGACAGAGCAGGGCAGGCUCGUGGACGGGAAGCUCGUAAAACUGAAAUGCCUGGAGAAAGGCAUGGCCAUCCACGCUCGGGUCGCGGAAAAAGGCUACGACCGGAAGGAAAACUUCGUAGGCAACGCUCUGGUGGACAUGUAUGCCAAGUUUGGGAGCAUGGAAGACGCAGCGGGGGUCUUUACGAGAAUGCAGCACCGCACCGUGAUCUCGUGGAACUCGAUCAUCACCGGGUACGCUCAGACGGGAGAGCCCGAGCUGGCCUUGCUUGCAUUCUCGCGGAUGCUGGAAGCCGGCGAUCACUACAGGCCGAGCUCACUCAGCUACGUAGCAGCGCUCAAAGCCUGUGGAACGUGGGGCCGCUUGAGAGUCACAAAAGAACUCCACGCCAGGAUUUGUAGCGCAGGACUGGAAAGUGAUGCGUUUGUGGUAACGUCGCUGGUGGAUGCCUAUGGGAAAUGCGGAAGCAUGGUGGAUGCGCAGCAACUUUUUGAUGCCUCGGCAGAUGGAAACUCGAAAGAGCUCGUGACAUGGAACGCACUGCUUGUGGGAUAUUGCCAAGGGGGUGAUACCAUCCGAGCGUUUGCAACUUGGGAGGAGCUGAAAGAUCGAGGAAUGGUUCCAGACGCGAUCACAUUUCUGGCGCUUCUCUCUGCGUGCUCGCAAGCUGGAAUCGUGGAGAAAGCGAGGGACUUGUUCGAGGCAAUGGCCAAGGAGUAUGGCAUUGCUCCGGGUGUGGAGCACUACACUUGCAUGCUGGAUCUCCUAGGCCGGAGCAAUCACCUGGAGGAGGCAAUCGCCAUGGCAAACAAGCUUCCCGUGAAGGCGGACGUGACACUGAGGACAAUGCUGCUGGAUGCAUGUAGCAAGUGGAAGAAUGUAGAGGCUGCUAGGACUGUUUUCGCGUCGCUGGUUGAAAUGGACGAGAGGGAUGGCAUGCCUUACGUGUUGCUGGGUAACACUUUCGUUUGUUCGGACACUUAGUUAAUCGGAAUUAUUAUGUUAAAGACGA